GGCAGACAUAAAACUAUUAAAACUUGAUUUGUCUUCACUUCAAUCGGUCCGCCAUUUCGCCAAAGAGUUGUCUCAAUUGGAGUCCAAAGUGGAUAUCCUUAUCAAUAACGCAGGGGUUAUGGCGUGCCCUGAAUGGCAGACUGAGGACGGGUUUGAGAUGCAGUUUGGGACCAAUCAUCUAGGUCACUUUUUAUUGACAUUACAUUUAAUACCACUGAUGUCAAAGGUACCGGGAGCUCGUAUAAUUACAGUAGCCUCAACUGCCCACAAGUUUGGGACAAUAGACAUGGCAAACAUCAAUCUGAAGGGAGAGUACCACCAGAAUAUAGCCUAUUCUCAGAGCAAACUCGCGAAUGUGUUGUUCACCAGAGAAUUGGCUAAAAGGCUAAUGAAAAGCCCUUUUGAUAUCAAUGCCUAUAGCCUUAAUCCC